ACCACAUCUCCCCAGAACAAAUAUCAAAUCACAGUCAUAUGGCAAGUUCUCAGACCAAAUUCAAAUAGACCCUCACCGUAUUCUCGCUCCAGAAAUCAGAAAGGAAUUCAGUGCUCUAGUUCAGGAAUAUGAUGAUGUAUUUGACCCUUCCAUAGAAUGCUAUAAUGGUGCCAGUGGUCCAUUCCAAGCAGUAGUUAACAUGGGUCCAGUACAACCUCCUCAGAGGAAGGGAAGAGUACCCCAGUACUCCAGAAAGCAACUCGGAGAACUUCAACAGAUGUUCGGCGACCUCGAGGACAAGGGAGUUUUCAAACGUCCUGAAGAUGCAGGUAUCAAGGUUGAGUACGUUAACCCUUCCUUCCUUGUCAGAAAGCCAUCAGGCGGCCAUCGCCUGGUCACAUCAUUCGGUGAUGUUGGUCGUUACACCAAACCUCAGCCGUCCCUGUUACCCGAUGUAGAUUCAACAUUGAGACAAAUCGGUCAAUGGAAAUAUAUUAUUACCACUGAUCUGUCCAGCGCUUUCUAUCAAAUACCACUUGACAAGAAUUCCAUGAAGUAUUGUGGCGUCGCUACUCCGUUUCGCGGUAUCCGUGUAUACACCCGAUCGGCAAUGGGUAUGCCAGGUUCAGAAACUGCACUAGAGGAACUUAUGUGUAGAGUUCUGGGAGAUUUAUUGACGGAAGGGGUUGUCACUAAACUCGCUGAUGACUUGUAUUGUGGCGGAAAUACACCUGAAGAAUUAAUCAACACUUGGCGUCGGUUGUUGACAGCCCUUCGACACAACAACUUAAGACUGUCAGCACACAAAACAAUAAUCACUCCACAAUCAACCACAAUCUUAGGAUGGAAUUGGCAACAAGGCUGUAUUCAGGCUAGUCCUCACCGCAUCGCUACUUUAGCGUCGUGUUCGCCUCCCAACACAGUCUAUGGUUUGCGCUCAUUCAUUGGUGCAUACAAAAUUCUCGCCCGCGUUAUACCCGGCUGUUCGAAGAUCCUUGCCCCUUUUGAUGAUAUUGUCGCAGGUCGCCAGUCAAAAGAUGAAAUAGUUUGGAGCAAUGACCUUCAUGAUGCCUUUUCUCAUGCCCAGACAAUGCUCUCGUCAAACAAAGCAAUCGUUCUCCCAAACCCAAAAGACCAACUUUGGAUUGUUACAGAUGGAGCUGUUAAGGAUCCAGGCAUAGGAGCAACCUUGUAUGUAACUCGCCACAAUCAACCUCACGUUGCAGGAUUCUUCAGCGCAAAACUCAGACCACGUCAAGUCACAUGGUUACCAUGUGAAAUUGAAGCGCUGUCGAUUGCCGCUGCCACAAAACACUUCAGUCCUUAUAUCAUCCAGUCCAGUCUGAAACCUAUCAUCCUCACUGAUAACAAACCUUGCGUCCUUGCUUUUGAGAAGUUAUGCCGUGGCGAAUUUUCAGCAAGUCCUCGGGUUUCAACUUUUCUAUCUACAGUCAGCAGAUUUCAAGCCUCCGUCCAUCAUCUAGCUGGUAAUGCAAAUAUCCCAUCAGACUUUGCUAGCCGAAAUGCUCCAGAGUGUCACAAUGAAUCGUGUCAAAUAUGUACUUUCAUCCAAGAAACUGAAAAUUCUGUGGUUCGACACAUUCUCAUAGAUGACAUACUAUCAGGUAAGACUCGGAUACCCUUCACCACAAGAUCAACUUGGCACUCACUACAAGAAGAGUGCAAGGAUUUACGGCGUACCCAUUCUCACCUGAUUCAAGGUACUCGCCCUUCGAAGAAGCUCACCAACAUCAAAGAUGUUAAACGUUACAUCAAUACGGUAACCAUUGCCAAAGAUGGUCUCCUCGUCGUAAAGCGAACUGAUCCACUAUUCCCCACACGAGAAUGUAUUGUUGUUCCCCGACAAGUUCUAGAAGGUCUCCUCAAUGCUUUACAUAUUCAGUUGAAUCACCCGUCAGCAUUUCAACUAAAGAAGGUAGUUCAAAGAUACUUCUUUGCGCUUGACAUGGAUCGUUCCAUUGACUCUGUAUCCAACAACUGCCAUCAGUGUGCUGCUCUGCGCAAGACUCCAUCUACCAUUGUCGAACAAAGUUCAAGUAAUCCACCUGAGACUGUAGGCAGUCUCUUUGCUGCGGAUAUACUCAAACGAGAACGCCAAGUCAUAGUUGUGAGGGAAUGUGUUACAGCCUUUACAGUCGCCUGUCUGAUUGAUAAUGAACGUAGUGAUGUCAUCCGACAGGCAUUGAUUCGUUUGUGCAUAGAAUUACGCCCUUUUGAUGGACCCCCAGCAGUCAUCCGCACAGAUCCUGCUCCAGGCUUUCUCGCGCUGGCAAAUGACAGUUUCCUACACAAACACAGAAUCACUCUUGAAAUCGGUAGGGUCAAGAACAUAAACAAAAACCCAGUUGCUGAAAGAGCAAUACAAGAAUUGGAAAAUAAACUCCGUCAUCAAGAUCCUACUCGUGGUCCUGUUACUCCUACCGAGUUAGCCAUAGCAGUCGCUAGUCUCAAUUCCCGCAUUCGAAACCGUGGCGUAUCAUCUCGUGAAAUGUGGACUCGGAGAGACCAAUUCACAAGCAGCCAAUUACCCCUUUCUGACCAACAACUUAUUACAGACCAACACUUCGCCAGAUUAUCAAACCACCCACACAGUGAAUUAUCCAAAACUCCUAAAGGAAUCCAAUCACCCAUGCCUUCAGUACACAUUGGAGAUUUAGUGUAUCUGUAUUGUGACAGAAAUAAGACCUGUGCACGUAAUCGAUAUCUUGUUGUGAACAUUGACGGGCCAUGGUGCGACAUCCGCAAAUUUGUUGGAUCACAACUUAGAAAUAACUGUUAUCGUGUUAAACAUUCUGAGUGUUACCUAGUACCAAACAAGACAUGUCAAAUUCCACAGUGUACUUCCGGUGACACAGAUAAUGAUGAUGAAACACCCCCAGAUCCUGAUGUUGACACAAGUUAUGAUCUUCCUCCAAUUCCAACUGAGAUCGCCUCGCCUCUACCAGACAUAUCUUCACAAUCACUGGACAACAUCCUGGACACAACAACGGAGGACUCGCUACUCCCCUCCAGACCACGACGACGAAUAAAUCUACCAGGGGCUUAUGCUUCCACUAUGCCAGUGUUCAACUUAGACUGGCUGAACUUCUGUCCUCUAGUGAAGUGUUCGUUUAUGCGGUGCCCGGAUGGACUGGUGAAGAAGUCGAUCAUUACCCUUCCCAACGGCAAGCAGUGCCCGGGCUGCCAUAAUACCUGUGUGGGAAACCCGAUGAUCUUUAAAAGGUCUCUCGGGUUUCCAUUCAGCCUGUGUCCUAUGGUGAGCUGCGCCAUGCCGAUAUGUGACAGAGACUUGUGGGUGACAACCACCAUCAGCAUCGAUGGCAGAUCAUGCGCGGGUUGUCCUGCUUGUUCCGCAGUGUAGACUGGCUUUCACCACCUGUAGUCAGAUAUCUCGAUGACGCUAUGCAUUGAAAUAAAGUUAAAAGUUAAA